AUGACAAGCGCAACACAGGGACCUAUUCCUAUAAUCAGGUCUGGUGAAACAACGAACAGCAAUGCCAUGCAUGACGGUACACCGAUGGCCAGGACUAACACCUCUGGUAGCUACUUGGGGCUCAGUGCGGGUCUGAGUGGAAGCGCCAGUUUCAGGGAAGCUAUGGCUGUGUCCUUCGGUAAAGAUGUUGCUGACUUGCUUGAAUAUUCGAUUGGGCGCUUCUCCUCCUCUACAGACUCCGACGCCACUGUGGCAGGACCAUCGUCUGUACGGCUAGAGUCAACUUUUUGCCGAAACUUUACUUGCUGCGGCAAAGAGUUGGAUGAUUUGCAUGAUCUUCUACAGCAUUAUGAAGAGUGUCAUGUGCGAUUUGAGGAUGAUGACACUGAAAGUAUGGUGACUGAUGAAGACAUGGAUGAUGCAAGCAUGACGACCGAGGCGUCAGCUUCAUCGCAACACCCAACAGCAGCCGCACCUUUAGCUGCGACUACCGAUGUUGGAAUGAGCAACAGUUCUGUGGACGAAGAAAUGCCAUCAGCCCGAUCACGCCCACUGAUUUCUUCAACUAUCAAUAACACGCCCAUGGUAUCUACCACGAACGAAAACUUAGAGUACCCGAGCGCCUUUGACACUGCUGUUAUGUGCUCUCCAUCGGGUCGUGGAAAGAAGCGCACGCAUGGACAGCAGGCUGGUGGCUCUUCCUCGAAUCCCUUGUUCCGUGCACUACUCGAAAACGGAGGCCGUCACCCGCUCAGCAUGUCAGGUACUUAUUCGUCGCCCUUCUCGAGCCCAGGUACUUCUCGGGCGGGUACACCAUCGAUCGAUUCUGAAAAUGAAGCAUUUUUAGGCUCGACAACGCAACCUACUAUAUUCUCUAACCUCAAUAUUCGCGGUAAUGCUGCCGAUGACCAGCUUCCGUCUUGUGCACCGCCGAAUCUGUUCUUCCCAUCAGCGAAUGUCGCAUCGCUGCAACGUCCAGUGAAACGCGAGCGCUUUGGACCAAUUACUACUCCAAGUACGCCUUCUACGCCUACAACUGCCAAUUUCUCUGGUUCGUCUACCUCUGCGGCAGACAACAGUACCUCUGAACAUCGCCCAUACAAAUGCCCUGCCCCGGGAUGUGAUAAAGCUUAUAAGCAAAUGAAUGGGCUAAAAUAUCACAGGUUGCAUGGACACUGUAAUCAAAAUCUGCGCAAUGUGAACUCCGGCAAUGCUACUUCUUCGCCAAAUACGGUCACGACAGCGUCGUCGACGCAAGGCUCGACGGCUCAGAAACCUUCAACUCCUAAUGUACUUGGUGCUGGAGUCACAUCCGCGUCUGCUUCUUCGAAUGACACAAGUAUCGGGACGCCUGGACCCGUGUUGGGAUCAGGCGACGCGACGGCGAAAUCUGAAUUCAAGCCAGAUUCGCCUCAAAGUGACGUCAUAAUGACUGGUAUUUCGACGCCAGCUCAAGGCUUGUUUUCCUCUUUAAAUUAUGGAACUCCAUUGGGGUCUCCGACCGCCCCUAACAAGCAAGAACCUGUAUCCGUUUCACCAGCUAAGAACUUAAACAAUGCCCAACCGGAUAAGAUGUACGUUUGUCAGGUUGGCAACUGUGACAAGCGUUACAAGAACCUUAAUGGACUUCGUUAUCAUUAUUUGCAUUCGGGCUCACACGGUCUGCUGGGUCUCCAGCUUCUUCAUGCAAACGGAGGUGGAGCAAGUGCCAAGGCAGAUAGUGUGAGUGGUCGCCCUCCUGUGUCGACAGACACGCUAUCUCGUGAGCAGAUUGUCCAGGCUGCUGCUGCUGCCCAGGCUUUAUUAAGCCAGCAAGGAGCAAAUUGCAACAAGGGUCCUAACGGGAACACCAACCCAAACCUCACAGCUGCGGCUUUCCUUUCAUCCGUGACAAAUAACAAUGCAGCGAUUGCUAUGGCCAAUGCCGAGCCAUUGUAA